AGGAGGCAGCAGCUGAUCUUCCCAUCACCAGCCUAAAAAUAAUCCAUUCCAGGGCUUGGAGCGGCUUCACUAAGUGGAGGAAAAUCCUGCCAUCGGGAUGAUAUUGAUCACAUAGCACAACCGAGUGACAAUUUGGGUUGGUAUUUUGUUUUUGUGUUUCCGAAGGUCCACCUGAGGAGUGUAUUUAUACUCUUUUGUUUAUAGUCAUAAGUAUCUUGCAGAGCAUGCUGAACAGAGUGAUAAUUCAGAAAAUGGGCCAAAGUCUCCGUCAAAUUGUUUUCUACUGAAGAUUGAGUCGGUUGCCUGUCAACUUUUGCACCACGUAGUCAGACCUUCUGGAAGCGAUGAGGCUCGCAUUUUGUGGCAACGACAACGCUUCAGCCUAUAAUAUCAGUGCCGGGGUCCUAAGAAAUGUCUGCUUUGUGGAUGCCCUCAACUUGGUUCCCCAUGUCUUCUUGCUAUUUAUCACCUUCCCAAUUUUGUUCAUUGGCUGGGGAAGCCAAAGCUCCAAAGUCCAAAUUCACCACAAUACUUGGCUGCACUUCCCGGGACACAACCUGCGGUGGAUCCUGACAUUCACCCUCCUCUUCGUGCACGUGUGUGAAAUAGCAGAGGGCAUAGUUUCGGAUACACAAAUGAAGUCACGCCACCUGCAUCUCUUUCUGCCAGCUAUAAUGGGAUUUGUGGCUGCCACGGUAUCCAUAGUCUAUUACCAUAAUAUUGAAACAUCUAACUUUCCAAAGUUACUCUUGGCUCUCUUUCUUUACUGGAUAAUGGCCUUUGUCACCAAAACGAUCAAGCUUGUCAGAUACUGCCAGGAUGGUGUGCCUUUUUCUCAGCUGCGUUUCUGCAUUACUGGAAUUAUGGUCAUUCUCUAUGGGCUGCUGAUGGCUGUGGAGAUCAAUGUCAUUCGUGUUAGGAGGUAUGUAUUUUUCAUGAACCCUCAGAAAGUAAAGCCACCAGAGGAUCUACAGGACCUGGGGGUGAGGUUUCUGCAGCCAUUUGUCAAUUUGCUCUCAAAGGCAACUUACUGGUGGAUGAAUACUCUUAUUAUAUCUGCACACAAGAAACCUGUGGACCUGAAGGCGAUUGGAAAGCUCCCAAUUGCAAUGAGAGCACUGACAAAUUACGUUUGUCUCAAAGAAGCCUAUGAGGAACAAAAGAAAAAGGUAGCAGACCAGCCCGACCGGAGUCCCUCCAUAUGGUUAGCCAUGUACAGUGCUUUUGGACGACCAAUUCUGCUCAGCAGCACGUUCCGUUACUUGGCUGACUUGCUGGGUUUUGCUGGGCCAUUAUGCAUUUCUGGCAUUGUCCAGGGCUUCCAGAAUACAACCAAUAAUACAAAUACAACAGAAAAGGUGAAAGAUCCAUCAAAUUCCUAUCUUUCUUCAGAGGAAUUCCUCCGAAAUGUUUAUGUUUUGGCAGUUCUUCUCUUCCUGGCCCUUAUCUUGCAGAGGACUUUCCUGCAGGCAUCCUACUAUGUGACUACAGAAACUGGCAUCAACCUACGAGGUGCUUUACUGGCAAUGAUAUAUAAUAAGAUCCUGAGGCUUUCCACAUCCAACUUGUCCAUGGGAGAGAUGACGCUGGGACAGAUCAAUAACUUGGUUGCCAUAGAAACAAAUCAAUUAAUGUGGUUCCUGUUCCUGUGCCCCAAUCUGUGGGCAAUGCCUGUUCAGAUAAUAAUGGGCGUGAUCCUACUUUAUAAUUUACUGGGAGUGAGUGCCUUGGUUGGUGCCGCUGUCAUCGUACUGUUAGCUCCAAUACAGUACUUCAUAGCUACGAAGUUGGCUGAGGCUCAGAAGAGCACUCUUGACUAUUCUACUGAGAGACUGAAGAAAACCAAUGAGAUACUAAAAGGCAUUAAGUUAUUAAAGCUGUAUGCCUGGGAGCACAUAUUUUGUACUAGCGUGGAAGAAACGAGAAUGAAGGAACUCACCAGUCUCAAAACCUUUGCGCUUCAUACAUCUCUUUCAAUUUUUAUGAAUGCAGCCAUACCAAUAGCAGCUGUUCUUGCAACCUUUGUGACUUACGCGUAUACCAAUGACAAGCCACUGCAGCCCGCCCAGGCCUUUGCAUCCCUGUCCCUGUUUCACAUCCUGGUCACACCACUGUUCCUGCUCUCCACUGUCGUUCGUUUUGCAGUCAAGGCUAUUGUAAGUGUACAGAAGCUGAAUGAGUUUCUCCUGAGUGAUGAGAUUGGAGAUGACAGCUGGAGAGGUGGGGACAGCUCUGUAGCUUAUGAAUCCUGUAAGAAGCACACGGGACUUCACACCAAGGCCAUCAACAGGAGACAGCCCCUGAGGUAUCAGCUGGAAAGCUAUGAGCAGCCAACAAGGAAGCAAACACGUCCUGUGGAGACAGAUGAUAUCGCAAUCAAGGUGACCAAUGGAUACUUCUCAUGGGGAAGUGGUUUGGCUACAUUAUCCAACAUAAACAUCAGAAUCCCAACAGGUCAGAUGACAAUGAUUGUGGGUCAGGUUGGCUGUGGCAAGUCAUCACUUCUCCUUGCUAUAUUGGGAGAGAUGCAGACGCUGGAGGGAAAAGUUCACUGGAGCAAACUGCCUGGCAGACAGAUGAAUACAGAAGGAUACGUCAGUGUAAAUGAAACCGAACCUUCUUUUGAAGCAUCCAGAAGCAGAAACAGAUACUCAGUGGCUUACGCGGCUCAGAAGCCCUGGCUGCUGAAUGCAACUGUGGAGGAGAACAUUAUCUUUGGGAGCCCAUUUAAUAAACAGAGGUACAAAGCUGUUACAGAUGCAUGCUCUCUGCAGCCUGACAUUGACUUACUGCCCUUUGGUGAUCAGACAGAAAUUGGAGAAAGGGGGAUUAAUUUAAGUGGCGGCCAACGACAGAGAAUCUGUGUAGCUCGAGCACUCUAUCAGAACACGAACAUUGUCUUCUUGGAUGACCCAUUCUCUGCACUAGACAUUCACUUAAGCGAUCAUUUAAUGCAGGAAGGAAUUUUGAAGUUUCUCCAAGAAGACAAGAGGACACUUGUUCUGGUGACACAUAAGUUACAGUAUCUACCACAUGCUGACUGGAUCAUAGCAAUGAAGGAUGGAAUGGUGCUUAGAGAAGGGACACUAAAGGAUAUCCAAAACAAGGAUAUUGAGCUAUAUGAGCACUGGAAAACUUUGAUGAAUCGCCAAGAUCAAGAAUUGGAAAAGGAUAUGGAAGCUGACCAGGCUACUCUUGAGAGAAAAACCCUCAGAAGGGCCAUGUACCCACGAGAAUCUAAAUCACAACUAGAAGAUGAAGAUGAAGAGGAAGAAGAGGAAGAAGAUGAAGAUGAUAAUAUGUCAACUGUCUUGAGGCUCAGGACAAAGAUGCCAUGGAAAACUUGCUGGAGAUAUCUAACCUCUGGAGGAUUUUUCCUGCUCUUUCUGAUGAUUUUCUCAAAGUUGCUGAAACACUCAGUUAUAGUGGCCAUAGAUUAUUGGCUUGCUACGUGGACAUCCAUGGACAAUACAAAUGAAGUCGGGAACACUGAUGAGGUUACGAGCACAAAUAAGACUUAUCAUGUAGCUGUCUUCAGCAUCCUCUCUGGAGCAGGGAUUGUCCUUUGCCUCAUCACAUCUCUGACUGUGGAGUGGAUGGGCCUCACAGCAGCCAAGAACCUACACCAUAAUCUCCUCAACAAGAUCAUCCUUGGACCAAUCAGGUUCUUUGACAUGACUCCGUUGGGGCUAAUUCUAAAUCGCUUCUCUGCUGAUACAAAUAUUAUUGAUCAGCACAUUCCUCCUACCCUGGAGUCUCUUACCCGGUCCACCUUGCUCUGCCUGUCAGCCAUUGGAAUGAUCUCCUACGCCACUCCAUGGUUCCUUGUCGCCCUCGUGCCUCUCGGGAUAGCGUUUUAUUUCAUCCAGAAAUACUUCAGAGUUGCUUCCAAGGACCUCCAGGAACUUGAUGACAGCACCCAGCUACCUUUACUCUGUCACUUCUCCGAGACAGCUGAAGGCCUUACCACCAUUAGAGCAUUCAGGCACGAAGCCAGAUUUAAACAACGUAUGCUGGAGCUAACGGACACGAACAACAUUGCCUACUUAUUUCUAUCGGCUGCCAACAGAUGGCUGGAGGUCAGGACGGAUUACCUAGGUGCUUGUAUAGUUCUGACUGCGGCUGUGACGUCCAUCACUGAAGGGCCUAACUCAGGAUUUGUGGGGCUAGGUCUCCUGUACGCUCUGACGAUAACCAACUAUUUGAACUGGGUGGUGAGGAAUCUGGCUGAUCUAGAGGUGCAGAUGGGUGCAGUGAAGAAAGUACACAGCUUCCUGAACAUGGAGUCGGAGAACUACGAUGGCUACUUGGAUCCCUCUCAAGUCCCAAAAGACUGGCCCCAAGAAGGUGAAAUCAAGAUUGAAAAUUUGUGCGUUCGAUAUGAGAACAACCUGAAGCCUGUCCUUAAGCACGUUAAGGCAUAUAUCAAACCAGGACAAAAGGUUGGAAUCUGUGGUCGUACCGGCAGCGGCAAGUCAUCCCUGUCUUUGGCAUUCUUCAGAAUGGUGGACAUAUUUGAUGGGAGGAUAGUGAUCGACGGAAUAGACAUCAGCAAAUUGCCUCUCCACACUCUCCGUUCCCGACUCUCUAUUAUCCUCCAGGAUCCGAUAUUGUUCAGUGGCUCCAUCCGCUUUAAUUUGGAUCCAGAAUGCAAGUGCACUGAUGAUAGGCUGUGGGAAGCUUUGGAGAUUGCUCAGUUGAAGAACAUGGUCAAGUCGUUGCCAGGAGGCCUUGAUGCGAUGGUAACAGAAGGUGGAGAGAACUUCAGCGUGGGGCAAAGGCAGCUCUUCUGUCUGGCCCGAGCCUUCGUCCGCAAGAGUAGCAUCCUCAUCAUGGAUGAAGCCACAGCAUCUAUUGACAUGGCCACAGAAAACAUUUUGCAGAAGGUUGUGAUGACUGCCUUUGCAGACCGCACGGUGGUAACGAUAGCGCACCGGGUCCACACCAUCCUAACGGCAGACCUGGUCAUCGUCAUGAAGAGAGGGAACAUUUUAGAAUAUGAUACUCCUGAGAACCUACUUUCUCAAGAAGACGGCAUCUUUGCUUCGUUUGUCCGGGCUGACAUGUGAACAAUUGCAUGAUGCAUUUUAACAGCUUAUUUUUAAACAAAUGAAAUGCAAAAUAUUUUCUAUUCGACGUAACGUCACUUUUAUCUUUUUUUUUUUUUUUUUUUAGAACGUCUUUCUUGACACUUCCAUCUUCCAAAAGAAUAAAACCUAUUGCAAUACAUGUAUGCCUCAAAGCAAUAAAAAUGUCACUUCAUUCAAAAGCUAUUAAGCUUCACACACACACACACACACACACACACACACAGAAGUUUUUAUUUCCUGGGAAUUUGGCAUUUUCCUUAGACUUUUUAGUGACUUUUCUUUUAUAGAGAGCAGAAGAAUGCAGUGCACUUAUAGACUGCGUAUGUUAAGCUGGAACUGGCAAACAAAUCAUGCAGUUUGUCAAGGAAACAAGAGAUCCCAAAAUGCAUUCUGUCCCCAGAGGGGAAAAAUGAAAAAAUAAAAUAAAAUAGGAGCAAUCUGCAGCAUUCCAAAGGCAUAAACUUUGCUCUUCAAGUUGCAGUGGAGGAGCAGUGAACGAGGGAAAGGAAUUUCAUCAGAAAUAAGGAAAUUCUUCCUGUCCUUCACUUUAGUUUUCAUGCUAUAGUUGACACAGUACUAUUUUUCUGGGCUUAUCCCUACAGCCAAUUUCUAAAGCCAUAUUUUUGCUGCAGAUUUUCUUCAAUCAAAGAUGCAAAUAAUCCUAUAAUUAAGCAUGCUUUGAUAGGCAUCUGGAGGAAUUUUGUACAGUAUCUUAAGACUUUGUAUUAAAAAUAAUAUUAAUAUAUAGACUUGAUAUUAGCCAAUCUUUUAAACAUGGCCACUAAAAUACUCUACUUAAAAUGGCAUGUAAUUAGCCAACCACUGAUUGUUUUGUAUGUCUUUAGUCCUUUAUAUUAUUUUUUAUCCUGGGACGACCUUUCUUUUCCUUCACACAUUUCUGGCGUAUCUCUAAAGCAGAUCUAGUCCAAGGAGGUACGAUUUUUCAAAUUACUUCUGUAUCUUCAAGAAUUUAGGUGAAUUUAGAUACGUAUUCACAACAUACAGCUUUGAAAAGGUUGCCUGCACUUGCCUGAUGCAUACGGCUAGAUUCUGAACCGUGACAACCACACAAUGGCCACUAAACCUCCAGAAGGAGUUUCACAGACACUUUCAAAGGUAGAGCUGGAGCCAUCAGCCUCACUACUAGUAUUCACCUAUUGUUAUAAGAUUUAGGAAGAACAUACUUAAACCUAUUUCUAGUGUAACGAAAAGAACCUAAGGCACAGUACUUGGCAAAAAAAUUGCUAUGAGCUUUGGAGAAGUUGUAGGACUUAAAAUUGGGAUUACAUUUAGUCUAGUAGUGUAAAAACGAUACAGUCAUUUAUCUUUUUUUUUUUUUUUUUCCCCAUCUUUACUAUUGGAAAUAAAAGCUGUGCAACACAACUAAACAAAAAAACUCAGUCUUGAACAUUUUAUGAGGGGAAGUACUUCUGUGAUUUCCCUGUCUACUGCUGUGAAAUGUUUUUGCUCUUUUCUGGAUUAAUUCCCUGUGUUGAACUUUGUCAUACAAAGAAAAUAAAAAAUAAAGCAGAUGUUUACAGCGGAA